AGGCUGGAAACCGUCUCAUCCUCAGCGCGAGGCCGAUGUGGAGCGAGUCGGCGGCGGACGCGGCUGAGCAGUUCCUGAGGUAAAGUUAGACACCGGUGUUGCUGGGAACUGAAUGAGCUGGAAAGGUUGGUUCGAGGGGGAAAAAAACCCUCCAAAACAAAGCAGUUUUCUGGUUAUAACAAUGAAGUCGCGAAAUAAGCGCACGGACACUUGAGUUUUGUGGAGAAAGGAGCUGGAUAUUAUUAAGUUUGUGAAUAACGUUCUGUGUGAGAGAGCGAGAGAGAGAGGGUCGGCGGCGCUUCAUCCGGGGACUUUCCUCGUUAUUGAGUCUCAGAACUCUGAUUUUUCGUCGGAUAUAUAUUUUUAAAGAUGGCGGCGGCGGCGGCAGCGGUGUUUUUUCUGCUCCUGAGAUCGACUUGUGGUCAGUACCACGGUGAGAAGGGGAUCUCAGUGCCAGAGCACGGUUUCUGCCAGCCCAUCUCCAUCCCUCUGUGCACAGACAUCCAGUACAACCAGACCAUCAUGCCAAACCUCUUGGGUCACACGAACCAAGAGGAUGCUGGUUUGGAGGUGCACCAGUUCUACCCACUGGUUAAAGUGCAGUGCUCGCCGGAUCUCAAGUUCUUCCUGUGCUCCAUGUAUGCGCCGGUGUGCACCGUGCUGGAGCAGGCCAUCCCUCCGUGCCGCUCUCUCUGCGAGCGGGCACGCCAAGGCUGCGAGGCGCUCAUGAACAAGUUCGGCUUCCAGUGGCCCGAGCGGCUGCGGUGCGAGAACUUCCCAGUGCACGGAGCGGGAGAGAUCUGCGUCGGACAGAACACGUCGGACACCGGGAAGCCGACGUUAGAACCGACGCAGAAGGAUAAUUUCACACCGCGCCCGACUGAUAGGUUGGGUCACCCUUUCUCGUGCCCGCUUCAGCUCGGUGUUCCUUCCUACCUCAAUUAUAAAUUUUUGGGAGCCAAAGAUUGCGGCGCACCCUGCGAACAUUCACAGCCGCAUGGACUUAUGUAUUUUAAAGAGGAAGAGGUGAAGUUUGGGCGCCUUUGGGUCGGGAUUUGGUCCAUACUGUGCUGCCUGAGUACUCUCUUUACAGUCCUGACUUACCUUGUGGACAUGCGGCGCUUCCGUUAUCCGGAGAGACCCAUCAUCUUUCUGUCCGGCUGUUACUUCAUGGUAGCCGUGGCCUAUGUUACUGGGUUCCUCCUAGAGGACCAGGUGGUGUGCAUUGGCAAGUUCGAGGACGGUGGCUACAGAACGGUGGCACAGGGAACCAAAAAAGAGGGAUGCACCAUCUUGUUUAUGAUCCUCUACUUCUUCGGGAUGGCCAGCUCCAUCUGGUGGGUGAUCCUGUCUCUGACCUGGUUCCUCUCCGCUGGCAUGAAGUGGGGACAUGAAGCCAUUGAGGCUAACUCGCAGUACUUCCACUUGGCAGCAUGGGCGGUACCUGCUGUGAAGACCAUCACGGUGCUGGCACUUGGCCAAGUGGACGGUGACCUACUGACGGGCGUCUGUUUUGUAGGCAUCCACAAUGUAGUGGCACUGCGUGGCUUCGUCCUCGCGCCUCUCUUUGUCUACCUCUUCAUCGGGACGUCCUUCUUGUUGGCCGGAUUUGUGUCUCUGUUCCGCAUCCGCACUAUCAUGAAGCACGACGGUACCAAGACAGAGAAGCUGGAGAAACUGAUGGUGCGCAUCGGCGUCUUCAGCGUGCUCUACACCGUCCCUGCGACCAUCGUCAUCGCGUGCUACUUCUACGAACAAGCCUUCCGCGAGCAGUGGGAGAAGACGUGGCACAUGCAAACAUGCAAACGCUUCGCUGUGCCGUGUCCAGCCGCAGACUUCGCGCCCAUGUCCCCGGAUUUCACAGUCUUCAUGAUCAAGUACCUCAUGACCAUGAUCGUCGGGAUCACAUCCGGUUUCUGGAUCUGGUCCGGGAAGACGCUGCAGUCAUGGCGCAGGUUCUACAAGCGGCUCGGAAAUGGGCAGGGCGAGACGACCGUGUGAAUUUGAAUAAACAUUCAGGACUGACGAACAGCCAGCUUGCGUGUCUCAGACCUGCAGCAUGGAUUAAAAAAAAAUCAGACUUCUGUGACAUACGAUGCCUGCAGGAGGAUUUUGCUCAGAUAAUCCACCCACACCAAAAAAGAAUGCCUUGUGACAUUUUAAAUACUUGAACUUUUGGUGCUGACUGUCCACACUUUUUCUACAACUUUUGCAUGGCUUCAAAGGACAUUUUUUGUUUUUUAAACUGUUCAAAAAUGCUUUUUUCUUUAAAGGAAAAAAACACUUCUGUGCCUUGUCAAAAAUACAUUUGUUUUGACACUAUGAUGGCGAGAGAAUCGUCUCUGCAGUGGCCAAUAUUUUGUAUUUUAAUCUUUUGCCUUGUAAUGUUGUCCAGACCCUGUAUGAAAAUUUUUUUGUUUGUUUGUUUUGGCACAGAUAGUGCAGGAUUUUUGUAGGCGUUUGAUGUCCUUUUAAACCUAGAUAAACUCAGUUCAUGCAACUGUAAGAUUUUUGUGGUUUAGUGAAGAAUUGAAACUGACAGGCUCUGAUGAUGUGGCUGCGAUUGAUGGGAUUAAAUGUAGGUGUGAAUGGGAGGGAGGGGAAAAAAAAUCUCCUUUUUGUUUUAAUGUCAUGUUACUGUUUUAAAGACAUGUAUUUAUUUAAAGUAAUCAUCUUUUUAAGUCCAUAUUCUCCAUUCAGCAGUUUCACUUAAUAAAGUGAGUAGGUUUUUAGAACUUCUUGAUGUAUUGAUUCCCCCCGAAUCAAUAACGUUUUCUUUGUAAAAGGUUUUUUUUUUCUCUUUAAUUUGACUGAAAAAAAAAAAUCAGCCCUUCAGCACAGGUUUAUUUUAUAAACUAGUUCAAUUGGAAAACAUUUGUAUAAAUGUGUAGAAUGAUCUUGUGGCUCGUUAUUGGAUCCAUAGACUUUUUCAUUAGAUUCUAGUCCAGGCAUAAUAACUUUCAGGAAGUUUGCUUGUGAGUUCCCGGACCUCAAUUUGAGAGCCAUGUUGCCAUGUCUGUUCUCAUUCGAGGAACUGAGCCUAGUUUUGAAUCCCAAUAGACCGUGUUGUAUUGUGAUUUGGUCAAUUUAUGUAUCCAUUUGCACAAAUUGCAUUGAAGUGUUUCUCUACUUUCAGCUGAAUUGGUAAUAACUGAUUGCAUCUUUUAAAGUUCUACCACACCACUAACAGCUCCUUUUACAGGCCUUUUGUAUUUAUUUAUUCACUGAUUUGAGUUUCCACAGAGUCUGAGAACGUGACAGUUAUUUGCUUGCAAGUUAUUUAGGAAGAAUAAACAUUGCUUUUAAGCAGCAGGCAGAGAUAAAAGAGCGGACACAAUAACGGGAGAUAAUCAGGAGCUGGUGUGAAGUCCGUCACGCUGCUUUCGAGGUGACGAGAAGAGCGGAGAUGCGGCGACGGAGGCACACGAUACCUCAACUUUCCUUGCGUCGUGUGCUGAAACACAGUAGCUCAACAUUCCUCAGUUUAAGGUAAAAGCUUAACCUUUUGUUUGGAUUUGUGUUGGGGGUUGUUGGGGUUCCUGUAUCCAAUGAGUCAGAGAGGAUUAGCUCAGAGGGGGGUUGGGGCUGAAGGCUCGACACGGAAACUUCCAGUGUUUAAUGUCUGAGAUACACCACAUGCUGUGGACAUUCCUUUUUAAAUACCAUAUAAUACAACAGAUGCGUCAUUAUGUUUCAUUUCUGGGAAUAUGAAAGACCAAAAUGAGACAAGUUACACAAUCAGACGUGUGUGAGACGUGUGCUUUUUCAACACUUCACGACGUUAUUUUUCACAUGUGGACUUGUGAACUAUCGUGCAAAUGGUUUUUUAUUUAUCCAUGCAAUAUGUGAUCACAUACUAUUCAUGUGUGUUUAAUUGAAUUUUCAUGUACAAAUACCUGGAUGAAAUUCAUGAUCACAUGACUCGCACAAUCAUGUUGAGAAAAGCUUGAGUCAUUGGGAGAUUUGUACUAUUGAGUAUUAUUGAAAUUGAAUACUUGGACUCUUACUCAUAUAAUUGAGUAGAUACUAUUUACUCCUUACAUUUUCAUUUUGUUCUUUAAACUGUUCAUUAAAUUAAAAAAAAACAACUUUUUUUCCCUUUACAAGGUAAAUGAAAUUACCUUGCUUGUUGAUUUUGUCCAAGUAGAAUAUUGAAUAAACAUUAUUAAAAUGAAUAAAUAGAUGAGAACAAAAAAUUCCUCUCACCUUGAUUUUUAAAACCCUAAAAAGUAACUUAACUGUACAAACCCACAACGUACACUUUCUGUGUAAUUUUCUACCCCAUGUGACACAAAGUGCAAAACUGAUGCUGAAAAAAAGAUUAUGAUCCUGUAUUAAUUAAAUCAGGUGAUACCUCACAAUAUGACUAACCUUGAAAGCAUGUAAAAAAUGGAUUUGUCUUUGGAAGUGUUAAAAUGAUCUUAUCAGUGUUUUGUUUAAUUGCAUGUCAUUCAUUCCACUGCACACACGCACAACAGGAAGUGGAACCACAGAUUAAAUUAUUUUGUUACAAAACUUAACAA